CGGGCCUACUGACUGGUCAAGAAGAAUGCCAGAAGCGGAUCGAGACCGGUGGCCCUCCUAGUCUGGUGGGUCCUAUCGACCCUGUAGCCAUUAAUAUUACUAUGAGUCUGUGUGUGAAUCUCAGACAGGGCUGAUGGCCGAUGGCGACUGACUGUGGCUAAUUGUUUCUAUUGUUUUGGCUUGCCUGGCAGCCUGGUCUGAUGUGUCUAUUUAAAUGAUCCUGCGCACCUGAGGUACCUGUAGUCCUUGGUCUGUACCUGUAACUCAAGUUCUCAUCAAUUACGCUCGUUACCCGCACACAAAUCUACCAGCUACCUUAACAAUCUUCGAUCAAGUACGCUCGCUUCGGGUCAUCUAUCCAACAAACUCUACAAGAUGCGUUCUUCUAUCGUUCUCCUUGCCCUGUCGGCCCUUGCCGCCGCUCAGUCUUCUGGCUCUGUGGAAGCUCAAACCACAGGUGUCACUGUCGUCGGUCCUGAGGUUAGCGCUACCGCUGCUACCACUGCCACCACCAGCUCCACCACCUCGCAGCCCGUGAUCCCAACUGCUCCUACUGUCAUUGGAUCCAGCGGCCUCCCCUCUUCCUUCUCCACCGUCCCUUCUAGCAGCGGCGUCAAGGGCUCUACUAAAACCGGCUCGACUGCAACUGCCACCGAGACCACAACCGAGUCCACCUCUACCACCAGGUCCAGCGCCUCCUCUACCAGGUCCAGCUCCAGCAGCUCGACCUCCAACGCUGCCAUGCCCAUGGCGACCGGCUCUCUCGGCCUGUCCGUCAUGGCUGGUGCCGCACUGGCUGCCUUCCUGUAAACAGUUCUACCGCUGGUCCGCUGCUUUUUGCUGAAUACCCUCUCCUUUCUCGCGCGAGUCCGAUCCUAGGGGCCAGUCGUUAAAUAGAGCAAUAUAUCUUUUAUGAAACGCAAAUGGGCACGUUUAUUCUUUACGUGGUUAAGU